AGAUCGCGCCGGCCCCGCUCCGCGCUCGCUGAGUUUCGCUCCCUCUCGCACCGCUGGCGACAGACAUGGGCUCCGCGAGCAUCCGCCCCGCUCUGGCUGCCGCUCUCCUCUGCCUGGCCCGCCUGGCUCUGGGCUCGCCCUGCCCCGCCGUCUGCCAGUGCCCGGCGGCCGCGCCGCAGUGCGCCCCGGGCGUGGGGCUGGUUCCGGACGGCUGCGGCUGCUGCAAGGUCUGCGCCAAGCAGCUGAACGAGGACUGCAGCCGGACGCUGCCCUGCGACCACACCAAGGGGCUCGAGUGCAACUUCGGCGCCAGCCCCUUCGCGCUGAAGGGCAUCUGCAGAGCGCAGUCCGAGGGGAGACCGUGUGAAUAUAACUCCAAAAUCUACCAGAACGGUGAAAGCUUCCAGCCGAACUGCAAGCACCAGUGUACGUGCAUAGAUGGAGCUGUGGGCUGCAUCCCGCUCUGCCCGCAGGAGCUCUCGCUGCCCAACCUGGGCUGCCCCAGCCCCAGGCUGGUCAAAGUCCCCGGGCAGUGCUGCGAAGAGUGGGUCUGUGAUGAAAACAAGGAUGCGCUGGAUGAGCUGGAAGGCUUCUUCAGCAAAGAGUUUGGUCUGGAUGAUUCCGAAGGCGAACUAACCAGGAACAAUGAGCUAAUUGCCAUUGUGAAAGGUGGCCUGAAAAUGCUACCUGUUUUUGGAUCUGAGCCACAAAGCCGGGCUUUUGAGAAUCCCAAAUGCAUUGUGCAAACAACCUCCUGGUCCCAGUGCUCAAAGACGUGUGGAACUGGCAUCUCCACAAGGGUCACCAAUGACAAUCCAGACUGCAAACUCAUCAAAGAGACCAGGAUUUGUGAAGUGAGGCCAUGUGGCCAGCCUAGCUAUGCCUCCCUAAAGAAGGGGAAAAAAUGUACCAAGACGAAGAAGUCCCCAUCCCCAGUGAAGUUUACUUAUGCUGGAUGUUCCAGCGUGAAGAAGUACCGCCCCAAGUACUGCGGCUCCUGUGUGGAUGGCAGGUGCUGCACCCCUCAGCAGACCAGGACUGUCAAGAUCAGGUUCCGCUGUGACGAUGGAGAAACCUUCACCAAGAGCGUCAUGAUGAUCCAGUCCUGCCGAUGCAGCUACAACUGCCCACACACGAAUGAGGCAUAUCCCUACUACAGACUAGUCAAUGACAUUCACAAAUUUAGGGACUAAGUGGUCUUGGGGGUGGGAUGCUAAACAGAAUGUUGAAGUAACCAGCCAAGGAGAAAGGACCUUUGUUGGAAAUAGUGCCUUGCCCAUUUGAGGGCAACAUUGAGAUGUUACAGGAGUGCACUGUGCAACUGGACACUAAUGCAACGGAGAUUUAAGCAUACUUAAAGCUUCAUAGUACUGGAGCAAAUUUACUGCUUCUUUUUGGAGCACCUUACCUAAUUAUAUACUGUUUUCUGUUUGUAAGUGAUCAGAUAAAUGUUUUGUUCUGGUUAUGGAAACUUUUUUUCUAUCCUGUUCAAUUUAACACUAUGCUUCUCCCCCUCCUUCCAUCUUCUCCUACCCUUCCCCAACCAAGUUGGAAGUUAACAUUCCUUCCUGAGGUGGGCACUUGUGGGGUGUUCACAGUGGCAGCUAUUAUGUACCAACUGUAGUUUAAUGGCAAACAGAAAUCAGUUGUUUUAAAGCUGAAUAUUUUAUUUAUCAAACUGUAGCUAUUUUUGUUUUUCUUCGAGUUUUUUGUUUUGUUUAUUUUUUACCCCUUCCAGCCCCUGUAAUACUGGAAUAAGUUGUAAAUGAUUUUAAUUUUAUAUUCAACGAAUUAAAAGAAUUUAUUUAUGGAAUUAAUCAUUUAAUAAAGAAAUAUUUACCUAA